AUGGGCAAGCCAGGCCUAGGGAUAUUCACCGCCCGUCGGAAGUCUCAGGGCAAUGUGUUCGACGAAGUCGACAUCGCAACGAGCCCAGUCACCACAACUGCACCCGCUGAUUCUGGUGCCUUCCGGGUGCUGAGCAAGACGGAAGUAGAAAAAGCAAAAGAGCAGCGCAAGACACAGGAAAAAGAGAGAUCAUCAAAGUUUCCUCGCUUCAGCGGCUUCAGCCAUCCUGGCAGCAAAAAUCGCAACCAGUCCGUUGACGAUGAGUCUCCAGGAUCGUCAAAACGCUCUCCGGCUCCGUCGUCGGUGAGCGCUUUCCGCAAGAAUCUUCCCUCAUUGCCCAAGUCAAGCUCCGGCGUCUCCUCAUACAAGGAUCUGUCAGGGACAGGGUGGAGUGGCAGAAAUCGCGCCAUGACCACAUCCAGCUACGCGAGCACUGCAGUCCCGCCCAAGCUCGAGGGGGAUCUGAACUUCGGCGGCUUUGAGGACGACAUGUUUGGCCAUUUAAGCCGCAAGGAAUCUCCCGAAAUUCAACGAGAGACCGCAGGACGCUCACUGCUUUCGGAGAAGCGCACGUUCCAAGCAGAACCCAUCAAGAUUCUACCGCCCACUGGCAUUGAACCGCCAAUGAAGAGCUGGGACAGUCGCAACUCUACCGACAACCUCAUGGCUUCUCCGAAUUCAGACAACGACUCGCCGCCGCCGCCGCCGCCUCCCCACAAAUACUCAUCGUAUGCGCCAGUCGCCUCAGAGAGCCCAACCUUCCAACCAGCACCUACUUUCGAAGAUGCAGAUGCACAGUUCGUACGCAAAUCAUAUACCGAUAGGAAGUCAUAUCGUGAAAGCUCUCCGGAACAACAGCUCAACUCCACCUCAACGUCGUCUGCCAAUUCCUACCAGACCCCCUAUUCAUCUCGAUCAGCCACUGUUUCGAGCACGACCACAAACACAACCCCCAAAGCUUCCCUCGCUCGGACGGCCUCUCCAUACAAUGAUGCUGAGGACGAAGACUUGUUCGCGCCGUCAAAGCCUGCUCCCAAGCAACAAAUCACGACAGCAAAGAAACCUGCCGUAGUAGCCUCAGACAGCAACACUGCAUCCGUCCCUGCUACAGCGGCCGGUAGGAGAGUAAUGUCGCAGGCCGAAUUCCGGGAAUAUCAAAAGAAGCAAAUGAACAAGCCACCACCUGAGGAAAGCUCCGACGACGAAGACUACGAGGACGAGGAGGAUGCUAUCAAAAGAAGAGAAGAAGAAGAGCUCAUGAGACGCAAGAAUCAGCAGAUGCACUUUGCCCGCGAGGCUAUGCGACGGUCUACCACAGCUCCUGGGGGUCUUGCAGAGCCGGGAGCAGAUCACAUGGGCUUCCCGUCGGAAACUUCCAUGAAGGCCGAAGAAUGGGAAGAUGAGGAUGUACCGCUGGGUAUUCUCGCUCAACACGGCUUCCCAAGUCAAGCUCGCAACAGAUUCCCCAGUCAACCGACGAACUCGAUGCCUUCCUACAUACCCGAUCGCCCGGCCUCAGCAGGUGCCAUGAGUCAACGCGGCAUGGGCCAAGGCAAUCUGCCUGCUUUCGCGAGACAUCUGCCCCAGGAUCCGUACAACUCCUCUUUCAUUGGAGGAGGCUUGGUACGGCCGACGAACCGAGAGUCCAUGGGCUUCAAUGGCUUUGCGCGUGGUCCUGGAUCAGUCGCAGGCGGCUCGAUUGCUGGAGACAUGGGCAUGGGCCCUAACAUGAUGUAUCAGGAUGCUGGUAUGUCGCAGCCUUCGCUCGUGGACCAGAUCCAGAUGAGGGAUAUGACCAAGCAAAAGUACAUGGGCGGUGCUUCGGCGAAAAAGCCCCAGGGAGGGCCUUUCACUGGUGUUCUCGGACAGCAAAUGAACACGAACGGCCAACCUCAGAACCCGAUGCGGAUGUCACACAUGCCCAUGAUGAACGGCAUGAACCCCAUGAUGAACCCCAUGAUGGGUGGGCAAAUGCAGGGAAUGGGCAUGGGACAGAUGGGAUACCCUAUGCAGCAAGGGAACGACUACAUGCAGCAGAUGCAGCAGAUGCAACAAAUGCAGCAGAUGAUCGCCAUGCAGCAAAUGCAGCUACAGAUGAUGCAGCAGCAGCCCCAACAACAAGAUCCCCGGAUGUCGAUGGCCAUGCCCAACCCCGGCUACGCUGGUAGCACGAUGGGCAGUACAAUGGGAGGCGGGGGUUUCCUCAAUGUACCGAACGGACAAAACCGACCGAUGUCUUUCAUGUCAGGCAACGGGAACCAACCGCAGCAGCGCGCCAUGUCGUUCAUGGGCCCGAAUCCAGGGUACACUCCCUCCAUCGCCCCAUCCGAGCGUUCUAACAUUGGUCUGUCUGCUAGGUACCGACCUGUCGUCAACCACUCCGACGCCGUCUCCAACGGCACCUCGAUGACACUCCAAGCCUCGGGCGGCGGCGCAAACCAGGCUAGGACCAGCACCAUCAAGGGCAUCUUGAAGAAGGGUAGCCCCGGCCCGCAAAUGAUGGCCCCCGCUGAGACGGACGACGCGGACGAAGACUGGGGCAAGAUGGCUGCACGCAAGAACAAGCACUCCAAGGGCAAGGAGAACAACAGCUCCGGACUUGAAGAUCUCACUCGCGGUCUCAACAUCUAG